AUGGGUUCCAUGUCAUCUGCAUUAACCCAUUCCAUUUCUCAGUCCCUCAUAGCUCACCCUAGCACCGCUAACCAGGGCCCAGCUCUCCCGCCAGUAUCUAUAGCUACUGCCUCCAGAACACUUCAGACUGAUGGGCCUACCCCAUCCCAGGAUUACGCGCUUCGUCUGCGUAAAAGAGCUUGCACCCGCCAGGCGGAAAAAACACGGGCAUGGAAGACAGCCAGGUCUUUACCUGAGCCAGUGUCAGACUCUGAUAGAGAGUCAGAGGAGGAGGCGCAUGAUGAUUUGAUUUAUGAUUUAGAGGAGGAAUUGGCAGAUGUGGCUGUGGACCCUGCGGGGUCAGGUGUUACAACACUUAAUUUAUGCCCUCCUGAGACCGCAUUAGAGCACCAGGGGACAUCGGUGGAUCUCUUAAAAGAUCCUUCCGGAGAACCGUUAUUUAAUCCAGAUGAACUGCACCAUCCCCGCUCUGCGGAAUGGAUGCCCGCCACUCAUUGGGCGCAAUAUCUAGAAGCACGUAUACGCAAUCCUCUAAGCAAGGAGUCGCGUAAUAAACUGCGGGCGGAGUGCCCUCGACCCUUAAUUCCACACAAGGUGUGUGAAACCCCCUCGGUGGACCCUAAAAUGGUCCAAUUUUUAGCAAAAAUGGGCUUUAACCCCCGCAAAGGGCUGGACUCUGCUCUAAAGGCAGUCCAGGAUAAAUUACUUGACAUUACAGGUCCCUUAGCCAAAAUAUUUGACAUGGCUGAGUCCGCUAAGGCGGCAGGUAGCCAAGUGGACCCGGAGGAGCUUAGGGGUUGGGCCCAAAGGGCCAUUUGUGUGGCUGGAAAUGUAAAUGCCUCACUCGCCAUAGAAUGACGCAAAGCAAUUUUGAUGAAAAUCGAACCAAAGUUAUCUAACUUGGCUUUGACCGAAGCGGGCAAGGAUGCCCAAGGAUUACUCUUUGGCGACUCUUUUAUCAAACAGUUGAGCAAAUAUGUGGGAGCCUUUACUGCACUUGAUAAAGCACAGACAUCAAUGCGGAAGGUCUUCCAGGGUCGUUUCUCCAGCAGUGCCAGCAGUUUUAGGGGCCGACUGUUCGGCCGUUCCAACGUUCAUGCCGGGGCACCGGCAGAGGCUCCUUUGCUUACAGAGCAUCCCUCCAGGAUCAGAGGCACCAGCCUUCCUUCUUCCUGUCGCGGGGCGCCCCAUACCGAUCACGUGGUUUCAGAGGAAAUCCGAACUCUAGACGCCCAUUCGCUGAGUCCUGUUCUUCCUCCUUUACCUUUUUUGGACCAAUGUGUCGGAGGCAGACUCCGGAGGCGAGUAUUGCCCUCCCUGGACCCACCCUAGAGUUAAGGCCUAGGUUGAGAGGCUGACGCUUCAAUCACUUACGUUCGACAGUUCAUGAAUGGUCGGGUAUCCGGUUGUUGCUCCGCGAUCCAAGCCGACAGGUUCAAGAUGUGUUUUCGUUACUUUGUUCCCUUCGGAGGAUGUUCGAGCUCAGAAGUUCCGGUUUGAUCAGCGCUGGUUGAGGCGCAAAGAAAGAGGAGGAUCCCAGGCAGAUGAGGACUGAUAUACUGGGAUAAG